UUUAUGCAAAGAAAGUCAUAACAUAUUCCGGUAUGCCGUACGCCAAAAUUCUAAUUUCCCACCCAGUCAAUGUUCUUCUUUUUCGCCAAACACCGUAGCCCUUCCUCAGCAAUGCAUCCAUCACUCGUAGUUCUAUCGUUCUUGAUCUUAGCUCGCGUCGGUUUAGUGACCUCUCACCAAGAGCAUGGCGAGUGGAGCUGCGAAUCGAACCCGGAGAUCCGAGUCCAGGCCGAGUUCAGACCCGGGGUCGUCACCCUCGACGGCCAUGUCGAUGACUGGAAGGAUGUAUAUGGGUCUGAAUUUUCCCUUUUUCCUGCGUUGGAUCCCGAUGCUGAUAAGGAGUACAAUGGAGGCAAGAUGACCAUCAAGGCAUUGCACGACGGGAAAGAUGUAUUCUAUAUGUUGCAGGUUGACGGGAAUUACGCAUAUACUGCCGGAGACAAUAAGAAAUGCCCUUCUGUAGCUCUCAUGUUCCCAAUUGGGGGAAAUGCAACUUAUCACAGAAUGGGUGGGUGUAAAGAAGAACCCGAUAGUUGUUCAAGCAAGACAUGCCAUGGCCAUGAAGUUGACAUAAUGCACUUCUCAAUAGGGAAUGCGAUUCCUGGGCGGCUCUAUGGAGGCAAUCCAGUAGAUAACAGUGAGGGGAAUGGGGGAGACAGGUAUGGUCACUUGGUUGAUCUUUAUGCCUGGAAUCCUCAUUGCAGAUACUUAGAUGGUGUUGGUCCUUCAGCAAACGAUUCUAGUGCGCAGAAUGAUUGGAAAGGUGCAUGGUGGCAUAGCAGCCUGACAAGUCACUCAGGUUUUAUAAAGGAAGACAGCCCUUAUGCGUUAAAUGCUCAUCCAGGAACAUAUUACUUUGAAUUCUCUAGGCCUUUAACAACAAUGGACCGUCUGCAACAGGAUGCUCAGUUCACAAUUGGCAAAUCAAGUAAGAUAUCUGCAGCUCUGUGGUACCCAGUUGACGGGAAACCAUGGCAUGGAUCUGCGCAUUACUCAAUCAGCUGCGACUGGAUAUCAAUGGACAUUAUGGUAGGCAGAAGUCCUGGUUCUGCUGGGGUGGUAGUUAGUAGUGCAUGGGAUGCGGCUACGGCUCUUUCUCUUCUGUUCUCUGUUGUGGCUUUCUGCACAUCUAUUUUCAUAGCCCAUCGAGUUUCGUCAUCUAAAGAAAUCCGUUUCACACCCAUGGACACUCUUUAAGAGGGCCACUCGAGGCUGUUUACCUUAAAUCCCAAUUUUUCCAGUAUUUUGUUCUUGAGUCCUAUUGGUUUGAUAAGAAAUAUGUUGUCGGAAGGGUGUGAAGAGAGAGCGCCAAUAAUCGAGCUGAAAUGAGGAGUUUUAUGAUUCUUGUAGUUUGGGGUUUUAGAUUUCUCAGACAUUAAUUUGUUACUCUGUUGAUCGUAUGAUCAGCAGAGGAUCCAAAGUUUUCAUUCAUACACUUGAGUGUACUAUAUACUAAUAUACACAUCGUUCCACUCACUGCCAUGCCGGAUUAGCAUGUAUCCUUGUAGAUGACUAGAUCUCAAAAUUCGAUAUUAAUUUGCAUGCAGUGUAAUACUCCACAUUUAUUGUAAUUUAUUUUACUUUGUCAGGUUUCA